AUGUCGACAAGUGGUUCGCUUUCCUCUGUUGUGGCUCUUGUUACUGGUGCAAAUGGUGACAUUGGUUUCGGUAUCUGCGAAAGACUGCUCGAUCAUUACGAGACUAUAGAUAGCUCUAUCACUAUUAUCUUGGCAUGCAGAAACAAGAAAAAGGCUCAACAGGCUCAACAGCAGCUGAUUUCCAAAUACUUUGCCAACAGUGUUGAAGGAGAAGAGCGAAUUCAAUUCGAUCGUAUCGACUUUUUGAUCUUGAAUGCUGGAAUUAUGCCCAUAUCGCACAUGAGUCUCUCUGGCGCAUUCAAGGAUUUAUUUACUCGUCCAGCUACUUUGGCUAAAACAGGCGGAGAUGCCUUGAUUCAACGUACUGGAACUGUUACAUCAGAAGGGCUCGGUGAAGUUUUUUCUGCCAACGUAUUUGGACACUAUAUUAUUGUCAGGGAGCUUGAAGAUAUCAUGAUAAAAUCUAAAAGUCCUCGGAUCGUAUGGAUGUCGUCUACAACAGCUAGUCCAUCAGCAAUGUCAUUUGAAGACUACCAAUGCCUAAAAGGAAAGUAUCCGUAUGAAUCGUCAAAGCGCAUGUGUGAGAUUUUAUCACUUGAAAUGAAUUCAGAUCUGGCAAAAAAAGGAAUCCAUUCUUUUAUUGCGUCACCUGGAAAUGUCAGUUCUGGAAUUACGCAGGGAGCCAUUGCAGGGUUUGUACUCGUGGGCGUGCUGAUUAUUUUGAGAUGUCUCGGCAUGUCGGGAAUUAAUAUUACGGGGAAAAAUGGUGCAACUAGUACACUGCAUCUCAUUACUGCAGAAAAUCCCAACGCACUAGACAAUACCAAGGUAUUUCAUAGUGAAAUCAGCGUAUUUGGUAAAAGGUCUGUGGUUUUGUUGAACAUUGAUGCAGGCGAUCUAUUAGCGCGUCAUCAACUUGUUGAGAAACUGGAGAUAUUAAGAAACGAGUGUCGCCAACGUACCAAAUAA